GCUUUUCACAAAAAUCAUAAACUCGUCUAAUUGUUAACAAUUUCAGCUCAAUUAUCAAAACCAAAAGUUUUUAGUUGUCACAUCUGCCGCCUAACUUUCGGCAGAUGAAAAGUAAAAUGUCUGUCGCGUUGUAUAUAUCAUACGACUCCUAUCCUACGAACUUCGAGGCAAUGCACACGGAUCAGACAGGUUACGGUCGAAAUUUUGGAAUAAAAUUGUUGAUACGUAAUAAAGUACACAAUCGAAGGGGCGAAAAAGUAUGCAGCUAGCCAGGAUUCUAGCUCGCAUAGUUCUGAAGUCGUCUUCCUGAGUCAACUAGCUCAGCAGAAGAACCACCGCGUGCUAGGAACCUCCACGUAUAUCCUGGAUACGUUGCCGUCGUGUGCAAGUGUCAGUUGUGGUAGAUCAGUGCAUAGGUUAUGUUUUUCUGAAAAUUAAACCCUGUUACCUUCAUCGAGUGUUCUUAUAAGCUUGUUGAAGCUUUAAAGUUGAGCUGAACGAUUAGUUAGAAGUUUGCACGAAAUGCAAUGAAAUAACAGCUACUAAUCUACCAAAACAGUAGAUUAAUAUUGUUAUAUAUGGAUUCAGUUUGGAAUUUCUUGGAGAUUAUUUAAGUUUAGAUGAUUACGGCUAAGUUCAAGUGUUUCUUACAAUGAUUUUGAUAAUUUUAAGACCAGCAAAGAAUUGAGAACAAGUGCCAACGACAAAAUGCAAGAGGCCACUGAAAUAAGUGAACCAGAACCAUUACUCAAAAUGGAGAGUUCAGAAAUCCAGGAUCCACCACCUAUGGAUCAGGUUAAGUUGGAAGAUAUUGAAACUCCCGCAACACCAGAUAGCUCUAAAGGAGAAGCCAGUAGUGAUUCUGUCAAGACUGAAAGUCCAAAAAUAUGGAAACCAGUACUUGGAAAACUUCAGGCAAAGAAAAGAUUAAUGGCUUUUGCCAAUAAAUUCAAUACUAUGCCAAAAGUACACAAACUAAAAACUAAGGGCGAUAAAGUCAAAAGGCAAGAAAAAAUUUUGGCAAUAGAAGAAAUUGUAAGAGAAGAAAAUCAAAGUAGAUUAGCUGCCCAAGAGGCAAGAGAUUUAAACAUAAAAAAUGCAUUACAUGCAAGAAGAAUUAGAGAGGAAAGUAGAGAAAGGAAGAGUGAAGAGCGUUUUUCAAGGAGAUCAGGAUCUUCGUAUAGAAGGAGAAGUGAUAGGGAAAGGAGGCAUAGUCGAGAUAGAAGAUCUCGUAGUAAAUCACGGCAGCGACCUAGUCGAAAAUCAUCCCCAGAAGAUGAGCGUAGCAGUAAAAGUAAACAUAAAGAUAAAAAAGAAAAGUCUGAUAAAAAAGAUAGAGACCGAAAAGAUGAUUCAAGGCAUAAGCAAGAUGAAUCAAAACAUAAAGAAGAUUCUAAAUCAUGUGAUAAACAUAAAAAAGAUGAUUUAAAAUCUGUCGAAACUAAAAAUGAUGAGAAAAAAGUAGAAGAUUUUAAAUCGAGCUCUAGUAAACAAAAUGAAGAUUUGAAUAGCAAGGAUAAGGAUAAAAAACAAGAUCCAACUGAGAGAAAUAAUAAGAGGGUUGAUUCUGUAUCACAAAGCAUGAAGGAACUAAUCAACGAUGGUAAAAGUGAAGAAUUUAAAAACGAUGAAUUUAAAGAAGAUAGUAGAAUGGAAUCAAAAUCGUCUGAAAUUAUGAAAACUGACAAAUCAAAACACGAUAGGCAUGAAAAGGCGGAAAAAGCAGAUAGGAAUGACAAACAUGAAAAAUUGGAGACUAGCAAAAAUGAGGAUUCCAAGUCAGAUAGGGGUAAAGAAGAGCUCAAGAACGAACAAAACAAACGUGAGAAUGCUAAGUCUGAGUUGGAAAAGAGAGAAGAACCCAAAUCGGAGAGGCAGAGAAAAGAUUCGAAAUCUGAGUCUGGUAAGAAAGAGGAUACAAAGCCGGAUAAGCCAAAAAGAGAUGAUGCUAAACUCGAAACGAGAAAAUGCGAUGAAUCAAAAAUUGAUUUGAAAAGAGAAGACGAUCGCGAUGAAUCCGGCAAAAUGAAACGGGACGAUGUUAUUCUCAAGCGAUCAAAUUCCAAGGACAAUAAAUUAGACAGGAUCGAUUUGAAAGAUAAACGGGAAGAGCCUAGGAUGAAAGUUCAUAGAGAACGUGAAAGAGAAAAGGACAAGAUACGAGAAAUGAGAGAAAAAGAGUUGCUGAAAUGUCGUAAUUGGAGGGAAUUUCGGCGAUACGGAUUUUUUAUUGAUGACGUGGGGUACAUUAGAAGAAACGACAACGGUGACAAGAUGGGUAAACAAAGAUCAGCACAAGAUUACAAUCAGUAUCUUCAACAAAUGCUAAUGCUUUCCGAUGAGCGACAACAUCGAUUUGCCUUUAUUGCCGAAGGUCAGAACGGGCCUAAGGAAUAUCCACCGGAGACAAUCAAGUCGACCAAAACUAAACCUUUCUUGCUAUUCUGUGAAAAUCCUAGAUAUCCGACGUACUUUGACCGACAGCAUAUCUUGAGUAUGGUAUCGCCUAAUCGACGAGAAAAAAUGGAAGAUAUAUGUGAGGCCACGCAAAUAAGAAUAAUAACGUCAGAACGCGAAGAAGGACAUCAUGAAAGGCUAUGGUACAAAACCAUGGAUCCCUCGAAAUCAAUAUCUAUAAGGACUUCGGUCGAUGUGCCAUCGUUUCCUCGUUCGAAAUGGGAUAGUGAAAACGAGCUAAGCGAUGAUGACAACGUUUUCGAAAAGUCUCCCGAGGACAUUAUUUUAACCAAGGACGGAGUCCACGUCGAUAAAUCGGUUUCCGAAUCGGAGCUUGAGCUUGAAAAGUUACCACUGCAGGUUCAACCUCAACCAGUACCGAAGCAAACUUCUCCCCAGAUAUCGGUAAAACCUCAACUAGAGCCUCAACCGAUCAUCCAGCCACAGCCGCAACCCAAGUCUUAUUCCAAGGAAUCAAAGCAAUCUUCCGUCGAACCACACAUCGAUGAACAACCUCCGAAAUCCAAAUACAAGCAUAAGUCCAAGUCUAAACACAAUCACUCACCAUCUCCAAAGAAGAAAGAUAGAUCGCCAUCCCACAAAAAGCACAAGGAAGAAAAGAACAAGUAUCACGAGAAGCAUCGCAGUCGUGAGGAUAAACAUCAUCAUCAUCAUCAUCAUCAUCAUAAAGACAAGGGAAAGAAAUCACAUACGGAGCCAGAACCUAAAGAACCGUCGAUCGAGAAGCCAGUUAAAGCAAAACCUGCAACACCUGAAAACCAGCAGCAAAAGCAACUAGCGCAGGUAGAGGAGUCUGGCGACGACAAACUCGUCUCGGAGUACGAGCAAUUCAUAAAAAUGGUUAGUAGCAGUGAUGGUAAACAGUCUACUGAGUCUGCGGAGCCAGCGAGUUUCUAUGAAUUUAGCUUGGAGGCAAAACUUGCUAAGGAACCUCCUGGUGGUUUAAAGCUCGAUAAGGUACCAUCGCCGGCUACUGAAAAACCUAGUAAAGAGAUCAUGAAAUUGUCGAAGUCACCGAUUUUGGCAAAGCCCUCGAUCAAGAAUACAGAGAAGGUUAAGGUCAGUGAACCAGUGAAAGAAUCCGAAAAAGUUGUUGAUAAGCCAACACCCCAAUCACAACCAACACCAGAACCACAAGCACCUCAGCAAAAGCAAAAACAGAAUAGUGAAGAAUUUGAGGCAGAUUACGAAUCAUCUGAAGCCGACGAAGAAGACUCUCGUUCGAUUCCCAGUGAUUGGGAAAAUGUGAAGAUUAAAGAAGAGAAACUAAGCGAAGGGGAAACAUCUGAAACAACUGCUGAAGCGCCGACCAAGCUGAACACUAGCAAGAAGAGGCGUAAGCGUCGCGAGAGCUGGAGCAGCGAUUCAAGCUCGUCCUCAAGUUCCGACUCUGAAGAUGCUAAACAGAGUAGCAAACGUCGCAAGCGUAGACGAAAGCGUCCGCGUAAAGCAUCGACCAGUGAGUCUGAGAGCAGCGAUAGCAGCUCGAGCGAUUCCUCAAGCUCAGAGGAACUGCGUAAAAAGAAGCGCAAGAAGGCCGAUAGAAAACGUAAGAAGCGCAAGCGCUCGAAGAAACUCAGCAAGAAGCUUAAACGUAAGCGCAGAAGGAAGGCGAGUACAGAUUCCAGUAGUAGCGACUCGGAUGCCAAGCCGCCAAAGAAGAGAUCGAGGAAGUUGAAGUUAAAAAAGAAGAAGAAGAACAAGUUAAGCAAGCAGCAGUCCCAGAACAGCAGCGAUGGAGGUGAAAAGACCAAGAGCAAGUCGGAGAAAAGUGAGGGUAAACAUCAAAAAGCUACAAAAAUGAAGGAGGAGACGAAAAAACCAAGUAAAAACAAACAGGCGGAUGCUGUGGUUGAACCGGAGAAACUUGCCAAUCAGAAAAAGGGCGAGGUUGAUCAGAUAAAGCUUACCAAGAGCCCUGUUAUUACCGAUAGUAGAAAUAGGCAUGCAAGUGAGGAUAUCUACUCAGAAUGGGAGAGGGAAAGUUUGCCGAGGCAGAUUGCUAAAGAGGCUGAAAAAGAGCCGGUGCAAGAAGAGACGAAAUCUAAUGAGUCUUCGAGAAAAAAGGAGAAGCCCAGCGAGGAUAAGAAUGAAUCCAGCAAGAGUUCCAAGAGUCAAGAAAAAGAAAAGGAAGUUGCUAACAAGGAAUUUGAAGAAACUAAAGCAGAUGAAGUAACCGAAAGCAAGAAGAGCAAGAAAAAGAAGAAGGAUAAAGAAGUAAAGCGGGAAAGUCAGCAAGAAUUCGAAGCCGAAUGGGAAAAAGAGGGUGGUUGUCAACAACGCGCGGCUAAACCCGCACCUACAGUUGUUGAAGAGGAGCCUCAAAAGUUUGCCACUACCAGUACUAGCGUUGUUGAAAGUGCUGGAAAAAAAUCUGCGAUAGACUGGCACGAUACGGAUUUCGACUCGUUAAACGUCCUCUCACUUACCCAACUUGAACAAGUCGUCGAAAAGCGAGAAUCUAUUUUCGCUAACGAGUGGGAGGUAGACAGCCUCGAUGCGAUGCCGAAUCCUAGGGCUACCUUGCCUAUGAAGAAGGAAACGACCAAGACGAAAAAGGUGGAUAAGAGCUUCAGGUAUGAUGAGCAAACGGAUACAUACGUACCUGUUGAGUUCGAUAUUAAGAAGGACGGCAAGAAAAAGAAAGACAAGCGAGUAAGCACUAUCAGAAUUUGGGAAGACGAACAAGAGAACGCUGAGCGAGAAGAACUUUCGUUAUCUCUGGAGAAAAAACCGCCUGUGGAGAACAAGGAAAAAGUAGUCAGUGAAUCCGAAGUAGCCAAAAAGAUUAUCAGUAAGGUAACCGAGUCAACAGAAUCUACUGUUGAAGACAAAGCGCGGCAAGAAGCCGCAAACCGUCGCAAGAGUCGUUGGGACGUAGAAAGUCAGUCAGAGGAAUUCGAGCACGCGCCGCCAGUCAUGUGGGAGGUCGAGAGCAACAUUUGGCCAGACAGUAAACUUGGCUCACUGGAUAUAAUCAAAGCCGAGGAGACGACUUUUAAUAGUCCACUGCUAGAGGCGGUGAGCGCGAGAGUCAAAGAUGAGGUGGUUAAGGUCAACGCAUCCUCAUCGCUACGCUAUACACCGCCGAAGGAUGAUGACAUCGUAGACUCACCUGAGACUUUGAGGCGGAAGAUGGAAGAGAUCGCUGCAUUGGAGAGAGCGUUAAAUGCGGAUUCAAACAUCAUGAAGAGUUUGGAUGAUUUUAAGUCUUUUGAAGUAAAAGAUACGCUAGAUUUGGAACCGCCAAAAGAGACGGAAAUCGCUGCUGCGAAGGAACAGAAAACGGAAGCAUACCUUAAGGCUAAAGAAGAAGCGAACGCCUCUCUAUCAAAAUCCAAAGACGCUGCAUCAUCAUCGAAGAGAGUCAAAGAAGAAAAGAAGCCGGACCCACUUGCUAGCUGGGAAAGCAGCAAGCAGCCGCAGAUAGAGGAAGCCUCGGAAUUUGGUAUACCUCCUCUCGCUGAAAUCGAUUCUAAAAUCGAGGCAUCAGGUAGCUCUUACAGAGACAUAUUCCUUGACAUGGAGAGUAUAAAUUUUGAAAGCAAUAUUCUGAAAAAACUUAACAAUAAACAAUCAGUCGAACCGGUCGCUCCCGCUGAAGAGAAGUCCAAGGUGUCACUCAAGCUGGUGCCAAAGCAGGUGCUAACGCGCCAAGUCAAUGCCGUCGCACCAACGAACACAAGUUUACCUGAAACGUUCAAGAAAAAAAUCUGCAACAUGGAUGAAUUGCCCCAAGCUGCGGUUGUCGACACACCCAAGACGGAGAUUGUGCAGCCGAGGAGCGUGAGUUCCAAGUCGCCUACGCCAUCGAGCGUCAAGAGAAAGAGUCCGAGUAGAAAAGAUCGCGAGAGCGGAAAGCGGAGAAGCGUCGAAAAAGACAUCAAGGAAGACAAGCAAAAGAAGGAAUACCAAAGUAAAGGUUCGAGGAGAAGCCCGACGAGCAAUUGGGAUACCAAGGAAGCCAUCAAGAGUGAAAGUACUAGUCGAACUGCCAGCCUGAGUAGAAGUAGAAGCAGAAGCAGGAGUCCUAGAAGAAGGGACGAUCGGUCUAAAGUGCCACACGGUAAGAGAGACAAACGAAGUCCUGUCAAGAGCUCUGCGCAUCGAGAUACUUCCAAGAAAACUCCACAAUCGAGUAAGAGUGAUCGUAACAAGAGGAGGUACGACGAUAACUUGGAGCAAGAUAAAAACCGUGACAAACCUUACGAUCCUAUGGAAAUUCUUCGGGAAAGAAAUUACGAAGGUGACAAGGGUCGAGGGAGCAACAGGUCGCGAAUCGAUCAAGACACACCUAAAUCUUGGCGACACUCAGACCACCCGGACGAUAAGUUUCCUGUAAAUCCUUACCCUAACGAAUAUAGCUAUGAGAAUAAAGGACGAGGCUGGGACGAUGGUUCAGAUAGGGACUCUAAAAGCCAUUCACGCCCAGGUUCAAGUGCCAGACCUAGAAGCAGAGAAAGGUCCAGUAAAUCGUAUGAUAGGAGGGAUAGAAGGGACAGUCGCUCACCAGAUUCGUUAAGCGGAAGCACACCUUUGUCACGUCGUGAUAAACUACCCCCACUAAGAAAGUCACCACCACGCUCUUCGAGACGUUCGCCGCCGCCAAGAUCAAGACUUCGUUCGCGUUCACGGUCCAGAUCGUGGUCGAGGUCACUGACGAGGUCUAGGUCAAGGUCGCGAUCGAGAAGUCGAUCCACUUCCAGGUCGAGAUUCAGGAAUCACGAGUCAAGGCCUUUGGACAAAUCUCGGCGGUCCAGAUCUUUCUCUCCAGUUCGGAAUCGUUAUCCCAUCGACGAGAAAGAUCGUCUAGAAGAAGAAAUCCGUCGUAUCGGUGAGGGAAUUAAUCGACCCGCGCCUAUUCUUCCCUUACCUCGUCCGGUUGAGCCUUCAUCGGCAUCCUGCGUAACUCCUGUAAGACCGACAGUUGACAGAACACGGCGUAUGGACGCUAUCAUCCAGUUGACAGGCGAGUCUCAAGACGACAUGCUCUUGCCACCACCCCUGGUCAAUCGUGCUCCAGCUCCUGCAGCGGGAGUCAACGAGCCUCAGUCGAGGUAUCGGUAUCCUAACGAGAAUGAGAACGAACCGGAAUACAACACGUUUUAUCAAGGCAGAAAUCUAACGUAUCCCAAAAUUGCCGAUGAAUCCACUGAUUCACCCAAAAGAUUGUCCCUCGAUGACAGGCUUGAGUUAGAAUUAGGAAUUAAGAAACAGACGCCUCCUGAACCUUCUGUAUCCACGAGUUUUAAUUCUCCCGGUUUCAAUGCUUCCGGUUAUCAACACUUACCGCCAGGCCAACAUCAUGGACAUUUCGUUAGGCAACCGCCAACAGUUUUACAGAAAGAAACUACCAUUCGUCAACAUCUCAAGAGCCCAAACCAUACUUUAUUCCAGGUGGGCAAUGUGCUGCAGGUUGUUCCAACAGAGUACCCACCACAUCCAUCGCCACCUGCGACUCCGGCCAGCCAGAUAUUACGUAUUGGUAACGUACUGCAGGUUGUACCAGCAACGACAAUCGAGUGGGCAGCAACCCCGACUCAGCAGCAGUCUACCGUCACAGCUCCUCCAUUGGGUGUACGUUAUACGCCUUCAGUACCUCCCCCGCAACCGAACGCAUCUCCCGCUCUUUUGGCUGGAGCUUCGCCUCUACCAACUUCGGUGGCUCAGAUACCUCCAAUCGUUAAGCCAAUUGUACCUAUUACUGUGCCGCCACCGCAAAUUGCUGUAGCUAGUCCAAUAAUUACGGCACCAGUGCCUAAACCCAAACCAGCUCCACCCGAACCUAUCGUACAACCAGUCUAUAAUUACGAAGCGAUUCUUGAAGCCCGGCGAGUCGAAAAAGAAGAACGCAAGCGUCUACGCGAGUUAAAACGGAAAGAGAAAGAACGUCGAAGGUUCGAGCGAGCUAAGCGUCGUACCGAGAAGAUCCUUGGUAAAAGCAAGGUCAACGCAGAUAGCUCAAGUUCCUCUGGCAUAAGCACCAACAUCUUUGGUAAACCUGGCGACAUCCUCGCGAAACUCACUGCUAAAGAUGAGAACGACACAAACGAGGAUAACGAAACCGAGGAAUCCAAGAGUCCCGUAGCAUCUACGCCAAGCGAGGAAGCAGAAACAGGGGCUGCAAUAGCAGAAGAUGAGGAAGAAGAUGAUGGAGAUGAGGAAGACGAUGAAGAGGAGGAGCAAGAACAGCAAGAACAGGAAGAGCAGGAAGACGAAGAGGAAAAUGAAGAGUUUGAUGCAGACGAAGAAAAUGAAGAAGAGAGCAAAGAGUUAGUUGUUAAGAACGAAGAGGCCAGUGUUGCUGCGAUUCCACCGCCGCCUGCCAAGGGUAUACUUAUUUUGCCGGGCUUUGGAAAUCUAUCCAUGACGAAUGGAAUACUAAGCGAUUUGGAAAAAUUAGAGGCUGAAGCAAGAGAGAGUGAAGAGCAAAAAGCUUCGAUGGAAAAAGAGGAAGAAGCUAAAUUGUCGACAUCGAUGGCUCUGAAACUUUUUGAAAAAAUAAGGAUGAAAAAAUCUGUACAAUUUGCUGAUGGAAUCAAGCCAGGAGAGGGGACGAGUCCUAGUGGUGGUGAAGGCGAUAUGCCAUCUCCUCCGCCUCCAACAUCAAAUCUUCCAUCAGAAUUAACGCUUGAUAUCUCGAAAAAAUUACGCGCUAGAAAAAUGAGAAGGAAGCAAAAGCGUACCAAGCCACCAAAGACCAAGAAGAAGGUUAAGGUAAAGAUCAUUAAAUUAAAGAAGCCAAAGGUUACUCCUCUUCCCACAUCAAUACUUGACGACUCGGAUGAAAUGGACGACCGUUCACCUCCACCGCCACCUCCUGGCUCACCACCACCUCCGCACCUAUGGCCAAGUUACCUGUCAACAUUCGGUACGACAACGGCAGCAAACAGUGCACGGACUGGUGCCACAACUACGGCGGUUGCGUCUACGACCGCCGUAAGCUCAACUUCCUCGGUUAGCGUUUCGUCGCUGCCGCCAGCUCAGGCACCUCCAACGCCACUACCGUUACUUGUACCACCUCCGCCACUCAACUAUUCUAUUCAACCCUGCAGCAAAGCUUAGGCUGAUCUUGAGUUUAAUUUUCUAAAUACUGCUAUGAUUUGUAGGAAAAUUGAAAAACUAUACACACUCUUGCUAUGGUUUUCACAAUCUUUCUAGUUGAUCAAUAUCUAUUGAUAAGUAAAGAGAGUGGUAAUUUUGCUUCGAAAGUUCAAGCAUGAUAAUAUUUUUAAAGAGUUGUGGAGUGCUACGUGAUUUUUCAAUAUUCCUGAUUGUUAAUUUUAUUAUUAAUAUUGUUUAUCGUGUUUGCUACUAGGUAAAUUACCGAGUACGCGGAGAAAAUGAUUUUUACGUAGACGAAUGAUUAUCUGACUCGAGAAAUUAGCGUCUGUAUGAAAUACAGAGAUAAUUUUUGGUGAAAAUAACUUCUAUUAGACAAUUAUUUAUGAUUAUAUAGAUACUUUUUUCAUCAAAAGACUUGCAUCUAGCGUGAAAAAAAAUAUAUAAAAAAUUUUAGCGUAUUUGAAACUUAUCGCAAUCAACAUGCAUGUGAAUUUUAAUUUGCAUAAUUUAAAAAAAAAUUAGAAAUUUAAUCGAUGUUGCUGCAUUAACAAGUGUGGCAGGUUUUUUUCUAUUCUGCACAUGCAACUUUAUUGCAUUAAAGGGUUUAAACAUAUUUUCUCCGUGUACACAGCGUAAGUAUUCUCGACAAAAUCAUAGGAGAACGUUGAAAAUGAUACCGUAAUUAGUAUGACUUAGAAUAUAUACGAGUGAUUUCUUGUAAAUAGGCCUAUUUUCAUAGGAUGGAACAGUAGUAUUAUUCUCAAGCGAUAUAGAAUACAAGCAACAUGGGAUAGAUUGAGUGAAAAAUGUUUGUACGAUCUUUAAUCUUGUUAUGUUAAACAUUUCUCAAUGAAAAAUAUAGUGAGGCUUGAAAGAUAGGUUUUAUUUACCAUGCAAUACGUCAAUACAAGCCUUGUAUUUUGUUUGUUGCUAUUAUUGAUUCUUUAUCGGUCAUUUGAUUUCUCAUACAUUAGUUAGAUUUCAUAACAAAAUUGUAACUGUUUAAUAACGGCAAAAAAACGGAGCAGCAUAAUUUUUAUGCAAAAUAAAAUAAUUAACCGUGUAAAUAUAGAAAAAUAAAGUCGCCUUUGACUUUUUGUUUAUAAACAUUUUUUAAGCUUUGUAAAUUAUUGAUCCUCACCUAGACAUUAACAAUGAUUAAUUUUUUUUAUAAAUAGAUUGUAGAGCUAGAUGCAAUCAAUGUACAGAACUUUGCAUUGAACGCAAGAAAAGCCGAACUAGAAUUAUAUUUUACGUAGUUGUAUUACAUGUAAAUAUUAGUGUUUGAAAUUGUUAAUAAUAAUGUCUUCUUCU